UUUAAUUCUUCUUCCGGAGCGUGAAUGAACCACUGGAGGAGAGGCGAGUGGUGCUCCGAUUUGCUAGCGACUUUAGUGUCUCAUUGAACGCUCAGAAGAGAGUCUGUGUGCAUGACAAGCCCAGGACUUAUCUACCAGAGACUUAGUCCGUUUCAAUUUAGCUCGACGAUACUAAUGUUUAUGAUAAUUAGGAUGGCUAAUAUUAUUAUCCGUCUCAGUACCUCGCAUCCAGCAUCGCUCCCAAUUUCCGGUUCCCUGUUUUGGGCCAGUGCCGGACACUCAUGAUUUGGCCGGCGAUUUGUUUGUUGCCCUACGCGAGGGAUGCCCAUGGCGAUAUCCACCCUUUGAGACAGGCAGGCAGGCAGGCAGGCAGACAGGCCCCUCGAGGAUGCAUCUGCCAGGGAGAGAGACAUGGGGACCCUCAGACACACCAAGGAGAAAGGAAAAUUCUGAUCGGAUUCUGUCCGGGGCGUUGGAAUGUGCAACCACCAUGGCUCCCCUCACCCCAGCGCGGUGGCAUGAAUGCUGGCGGCUGGUGGUGGUCAGGUUGGUUCGGUGUGGUUCUGCCCGCUCGUUUCUGCUUUUCUCCUCUCUGUUAUCGAUUCAUCCCCGGUAGCGCCGUGAGCUAAAGUCGCUGGCGGGGGUUGUGACUGGCUACUGGACUGCCGCCUAAAAAACUAGUCGAGCG